AGUCGGCCUCUGUUCUUCGAAGGAGGAAGCACGAUGUGUGCGCGGCGGCGCAGCCAUUCGAUUCAGCAGUAGAGGGGAAGACUGUGUCGGGAGGUGUGUUGUACUGCGCGAUUUCUUUCGAGAGGUCGGUACACCGCGCGCGGUUUUUCGGUACAACUUUGUACCGCCGGUUUUUUCUGCUUCGACGACGCGACGAGGAUGCGUGCUGUCAAGGAGGGUCGGCCGGUCAUUCGCAGAAUUGGCGCGGGUCAGAGCCCGACCGAGCUCUCGUGCGAGGAGUUCAAGGAGGUUUUGGCUCCCUACGGGCGAGCGGGGUCGGGUGGAGACGUGGGGAAGGCGUGCGGCGCGGAAGGAGUUUUGUGCGGUGAGGAGAAGUUGGAGUUUUUGUGGAUAGACGUCGAGAGUCCGACGAUGGAGGCGUUGCAGGUGAUAUCGAAGUGCUUCCAAAUUCACCAGCUGACCGUGGAGGACUGCAUGUCCGAUGCGCAGGCCGACCAGAAGGUCGAAGGAUUCGGAACUUACAGGUUUUUGUCACUGGGUGAGCUGCGCUACGUAGACGGCGCCAGCGCACUGGACAGGUCCAACAUACACAUCAUUUACUUACUGGACUGCCCGUGCAUAAUAACUAUACACGACGAGCCCGUGCGGUGCUUGUCGUCAGUGUGUUCGAUGGUGAAUGACGAGGGGUUCGGUCGCCCGCGCAAGGGUAAGGAAGGGAGACGGCAGUGCAGGAGGCGCGAAGGGCCUCGCUCUUGGCGACGGUUGGGCGGAGUGAUGAGCAGGCGUGGUUGGACGGGACGCGUUCAGGCGAGGCGGUGGUCUCCGGAGUGGAUAAUGUACUUGAUUAUCGAGGAGGUUGUGAGUUCGACCGUGUGGAUAGCCGAUGCGAACGCUCUGAGAAUCAGGGUGCUAGAGGACACCGUCUUCAUGUAUCAACCAUGUGAAAGAUCCGUAUUUUUGUACAAGAUUCUGGGGGCGAGGAGAACACUUGCGCGCCUUAGGACGGAGCUGUCCGGGAAUGCCCGUCUUAUUAGUCAGAUAAUCGGACAAGAUGCGUGGAUGCAGCGUUGCUGCGAGUCGGGAUUGGAACACGUGCACGUCUGCUUUUAUUUGCGCCACACCCUGAAUCAUAUUUUGUACUUGAUCGAUGAAUUUGGCGUAUCUGCCCAGACUCUGACCAACUUGGCUUUGGCUUACUUCACGUUCAUCUCGGUGAACGUGCGAGCCGUUUCAGUCCGUCAGAGUUAUUUCGUGAAGAUCAUCGCGGCCAUCUCUGCUAUCAUGAUUCCAGCGACCGUCACACCUACGUUGUGGGGCAUGAAUGUGAACGUCUAUCUUGACCGUCAGGUUCAUAGCGCCUUCGGGUUUUACCUGAUCACAGGGGUUUUGCUGGCGUCGAUCGUCGUUUGUCUGCUUUUUUUUAAAGCUAUUCAUUACGUGUGAGAGGGCCGUGCGCGACCGGGCGAGCAAGAUA